UUCCCACUCCCUUGCCACAGUAAGAAGCUAGCAGGACGGAGGUAACAGCUGUGAGCGCGAAACACUGCUAUACCCUGAUUGGAUUUAACAAAAGAAUCGAAUAUUUAUAGCCAGACGCACAUCAUAAUACACUGAAUAGUUUUACAAGAAUCAAAUUCAGCAAGCAGUGGUUUACACAUCGUGAAGUUUCUAAGUAGAAGAAAUCAAUAAUCGUGUUAAACGCUGGCAUCCGUUCCCGUUGCGUUAUGCGAAUGUAAAAGGGACAGAGACAGCUUGCUAUAGUCAUAUUGCUGAAAGUCGCCUAAGCGAUAAAAUAUAAAUAUUGACGUCCCCUUGUCGAUUGACUACAGGAGCUAAUAAAGAUGGGUGGCGGCGGAGAUAUGAAAUGGCAGAAGGAUGCUGCGGACCAAAAUUUCGAUUACAUGUUCAAAUUGCUCAUCAUAGGAAACAGUUCCGUGGGAAAGACCAGUUUUCUGUUUCGGUACGCUGAUGACUCCUUCACUUCAGCUUUCGUGUCGACCGUAGGGAUUGACUUCAAGGUCAAAACGGUCUUCCGUCAUGACAAACGAGUUAAACUUCAGAUAUGGGACACCGCAGGACAAGAACGUUACCGUACUAUCACCACGGCGUAUUACAGGGGAGCGAUGGGCUUCAUUCUAAUGUAUGAUAUUACUAACGAAGAAAGCUUCAAUAGCGUUCAAGAUUGGGUGACACAGAUAAAGACAUAUUCGUGGGACAAUGCGCAAGUUAUCCUGGUGGGAAAUAAAUGUGAUAUGGAAGAAGAGAGGGUUGUCAGUCAAGAACGUGGACGGCAGCUGGCUGAGCAGUUGGGCGUCGAGUUCUAUGAGACCAGUGCUAAAGAGAAUAUUAACGUUAAGGCGGUGUUCGAACGACUGGUUGAUAUAAUCUGCGACAAAAUGUCGGAGAGUCUGGACUCGGAGCCCGCGAUGCUAGCAGGUGGCGCUCGCGGACAACGUCUCACAGAACAACCGCAAGGCAACAAUAAUCCUGCUUGUAAUUGUUAAUAGAACAAAUUUCAACCUGACAUACAUAACCUUGGACAUACUGGAAUUGAAUUCUUAAGACCGUCCAUGAGGUCUUAACAAUUCUUCAGGAAUUCUCAAUCUAGCAUCUAUUACUUUGUAUACACUUGACUACCAACAGCACUUUAUUGAAUAAAGAUCCAGAAUCGAAAAUGGGUUGUCAAGGAACUAUUUUUGGUAAAUGUGUUCGUUUAUUAAAGUAUUAAAAGAGUUCCUCAAAAUGUCCGCCAAGAUCUUAUUUCUUUCUUAUAUAUUUCGCAAUUAUUCAUCUUAAAAUUGCAGAAGAACAUUCUGCAGUUUCAAAAUUAUUUCUUAUAGAUUUUAAUCAUAAUUAUUACUUUUAAAUUAGAAAGUAAAUCUAUUUGAAUAUAUUGUUAAAAUUGAUUAACAAUAUGAAAUGUUUAUGUAUUAGUAUUAUUAAUUUAGGUAUUAGGUAGUAUUUAUUGCGAGCUGGAGUAGGGAUCUGAUACUACUAUAGAAUAUAAAAAUCUUUUUGAAACGCUUUUAAAAUGUUGCGUCUACUUAAUUUUAAUUUGUAUUUAAUUUAAGUGAUUUACCUUUUUAAUAUUUUAAGUAUUACAACGAUUUGUAGUAGUAAGAUUAUUUUUAAGUUAUGCUAAAUAAUAGUUUGCGCGGUAAGCUUUAUGCUUAAUAUUUUUGAAGAGUAUCAAAUAGACUUGUGGAUUUUGGACCAAAGUCAUUUUUUUCAGCUUAUUUACAAAUACAUUGAAAAUAUUUUCAUCAAAGCGCAAAAUAUUUUUAGACAUGAUUUAAAAACUUGACAUUUCAGGUGAUUUUGUGAUAAUUCCAUUUUAAUUUAUAAAUUAUAAUAAUUUCUUUGUUUUCUGUAUAUUUAUAUUAAAUGCGUUAUUUCAUCUAUAAUAGUUUAAGAGCUUAAAAUAAAUGUUUUCACAUAUUUUUUGUGUAUUUGUAAAUGCACAAAACUAUAAAUGAAAAAUUAUUGUUAGUACAUAUGAUGAAUGUAUGCCCUGGCUCUAUGUGAAGAUAAAUUUCGUUGCUUCGUGUUAGAUGUCAAAAUUUAGCAAAUGUGAAAUUAUAAUAAUAAAAUAAAAAAAAAUGUAAUUUAGAAGUUAUUUAUGUAAUAAUAAUCCUCAGUGUGUUUUUAAAAUCCAUAUUAAGAUGAAAAGCUUUUUAAACGAUCUUGGCCUGGCGUAUAAACAGACAGAUUUUUUGUCUAUAUAUUGCUAUCUGUAAUAGUGAUUGUAAAUAUGUUUUAUCAGUGUAUAAAGAAACUGUAUAGUAUUAUAUCUACUUACUAUAACGUCGGUUUGUAUUCUUGUUAACUACUAUGCUAUGAAAUUAAUGUAACGAUAGGUGUUCAUUCGAUCGCAAUCGUUUGAUCAAGAAACAUAUGGUAUAUCUGUCAUUGAUUACUUAACUGCUACGUCAUUAAAUCAUUAUAAAACUUAUAUAAACGUAUUAUCUAGAAUUCAAUGUGUAUCUAUCAUGUUGAUGUAUCGUUAGACUUAUUGUGUAGAAGACAUAGACAAUACAAUUUAUAUAUCAAAUUAUGUUGAUACUGAGCACAUUAUUUUUUAGACUAAGUAUCGUAUUAGUUGUUUAUCUUUCGUCUAUGAUCGUCUCUGGACUAUAUACGUAUUGUUCAAGGUAUCUUGGAUCGUACAGAUCUGUUUAAUUUAAAUGUAUUUUAAAAAUAAAAAAGUAACUAUUUAUGAAAAAAAAUUAAUAUACCACAGAUUAAAUGAUACAGAUUAAAAUUUUUACUGAAAACAAUUAUAUGAUACAAAAUUAACUUACGAAAUAUUCGUUGCCUUUUUUUAAUCUGUUAUAAAAAAGUUAACAAUGACAUCAUUCAAAUUUGUCUCUAUAUUUUGCAACCAGAUCUAAAAUUAUAUUUUAAACUAUACGAGUCAAUUGGGCGUUUAUUACCUUUUACACAUUUCAAAAUAAAAUAUAUUUGGGGAAAGAAGUAAAUUGUAAGGAAAGGAUAUCGGAUAAAGUGUUGGAAUUAGUAUAUUUAAUGUGUGGAGUCUUAGCAGGGCAUGAAAUGGCAUAUCGUAGUGAACGGCUUUAGUAAUUACUUUACUAUGUUGAACUAAGUUAUUUGUGAGACAAAACAGACCGAAUAUUGUUUAAAAACGAAAAAGUAACACAGAAAUUUAUAAAAUUAUUGAAGAAGUAAAACUAUGAAAUUUAAUUGU